UUUGGUUUUCCUUCAGACCAGAACAUUCUCAUCACUUCUCUCUCGCUUUCGCUCUCCCUCUUCCUCUCUCACAAUUUUAGGAUUCUCUCUCUCACCGGACCAUUCAAGAGCUCCAGCUCCUUGUUCGCUAGAAGACUAUUGCUCGAGCCCUAUUACUUCAAAGUUGAAUGCUCAGUGACAGUCCCAAGGUUUUGGCUUUUCAUUUAUUGUGUUGGGAGCUGCUGUUUGGAAGAUCUUUGGAGAAAUCUAGGGCGAGAAAUCAAAGGCUAGUUACAUGGUAGUCACCACAAUGUUGACAUAUAUUUUCCCACCACCUCCUUCUCUUUUCGUCACAGCAAUGACAGUGAUUAGCUUCACAUCAUUGGCUAGUCUUGGGCUUUCGGAGCUAAGGGGAAAGCACUUACACUAUUCGAAGUUCUGGAAUUCUGGUUCUAAAACCUCUGCUGCAAAGAAAAUUAAACUGUCUAGUAGAACAGGCAUGCUAAUAGCUUAUAGUCCGGCAUUUCUUGCUGGUAUCGCAUCAUUUGUGCUUUAUCCUCAAGAGAAUAUCAGAAUCUUAUUGCUUUGUUCAGCCCUAACCAUUCAUUUUUUCAAAAGGAUUUUUGAGGUUCUGUUUGUUCACAACUAUAGUGGAGGGAUGAUUCUUGAUAGUGUGUUGGCCAUCUCUCUCAGUUAUUUUCUGUCUACCGCAACUGUGACUUACGCUCAAUACUUAGCACAAGGGUUUCCAGAGCCAUCAGUUGAUUUGAAGUACCUUGGAUGUCUGCUGUUUCUAAUAGGGAUCUCUGGCAAUUUCUACCAUCACUACCUUCUUUCUAAAAUUCGGUCAAAGGGUGACAAGGAUUAUAAGAUUCCCAAAGGCGGUUUGUUUGGACUAGUGAUAUGCCCCCACUAUCUUUUUGAAAUAGUAGGAUUUGUGGGGAUUUCUCUUAUUUCUCAAACUCUGUAUGCAUUCUCCUUCACCAUAGGGUCAGCUUUAUACUUGAUUGGAAGGAGCUGUGCUACGAGAAGAUGGUAUCUUUCCAAGUUUGAUCAUUUUCCCAAAAAUGUCAAGGCUCUCAUUCCAUUUGUUUUAUAGAGUUUUGAAUUCGAAAGUACACUACAGAUUAUGUAUAAUCAGUCUAGUGAGCAUGUGCUGAAUAACCCAAGGCAUUUCUACUUGGCUACUGGAUCU